AUGCCGUCGCUGUUCGCGCAUUCGCUGUUUGCGCGCCAGAAUCCCCUGGACGAGGCGAGGAUCACGCUCAGCUCAUGGGACAAUUGUAUGGCCAAGGCCUACUGCAAUGGCGGAAGAGGACACAAGCGCGUCAAGAGCGACCCAGCAGCCCAGUACCCCACGCCCUAUGGUGCGCCUCCUCAGCCGAAUCCCUAUGCCCAGAACCCGUAUGCUCAAGCACACGCCGCUGCGCCGCCCGCUCCGCCCAUCGACACCCGCCCAAUCAACCAGCAAUACCGCUCCAAUGCCAUGCCGACAUUCACUCCGCACGCCGCCGCCCAGCCCGAAAGACCCCAAUUUGCCACGUUUGAUUCCACGCGCGCUGUUGUCAAUGAGGACGCCCUACCUGCUAUGCCGACGUGGAAGGACGGACGCGACGUGCACGUCCAAGUAGAGGAACAGCCUGUGCCGCAGAAACAAGGCGAUAUGGAGCUGGAUAGGCUGGACCGUAACGGCAGCGUGACGAGCGGAUCCAUGGGAGGGGGGAUGGUGGCAGCAGCAGCAGUACCAGCGACACGACCAUCUCCUGGCCCAGGCAGGUCCCCGGUAUCGCCAGUAGAUAACUACGGUUACCCUCAAGGUGGCUACCAGAACGAGUCCUUCGUCAGCGAAGGAGCGCCGCUGAACAACCAGGGAGGAUAUGGUCGACCGUAUGCACAACAGGACGAAUACAGGAGAGGAUCGCCAGCCUACGCUGCUGGUGAUGGUUACGGUCAACCACAGCAGCAACCAUACGGCCGUCGCUCGCCAGGCGCAGCACAAGCCUACGACUCGCGAGACCAACUGAGUCAAUACAACCAGCAAGGCCCAGGCGCAUACGGCCAACAGGUCCCGCAAACCUACGACCAGAGAGACUACUACGACGAACACGUCGACCAGCGCUACCAAUCCCCCUCACCACCCGCCCCUGCAAACCCUUACAAUAACAACAACAACUACAACAACUCCGAUCCUUACACUUCCAACCCAUCCCCCUCGUACCACUCACACGAAAACGAUACCUAUACCCCUCCCCAAGCACCAGCUGCCCUUCAGCCAGGCUACCCAGCAAGCCAAUCGACAGAUCACGCUAGUUUCACGAAUGCGGCGCCCGCGUACCCCGGACAGAGGAGUUAUACGCCCGUGGGCGGAAGCGUCGCUGGCGCAGGAGGACAGCAACAGCAACAGCAACCGUAUCGUGCGUUUUCGCCGUUGGCGACGCAGGGGGAUCAUGUGCAGAGGAAACCUGUCCAAGGGAGUUUUAGGGAGAUUUAG